CUUUCGACCCGACCCGCUUCGUGGCCUCCUCCUCCAGUCCUCCUCCUCCCUUCUCUCUGCUGAACCCUAACGAUAUUCUAUAAUCAAAUUUACACUUUCAUUUCCAAUUUAAAGAUCUCCAAGGUCCCAUUCCAAAACCCUAUCAAAUGGCUACUUCGCUAAUAAACAGAACACUAAAAUCAAUAAAAAACCCCAAACUCCUCAGUCCACUCUCAUCAUCUCUCACUCGCCACUUCACCUCCAUCGCCACCGCCCAACAGUCGCCAUCUGACGACCCAUCUUCCUCAUUCACCUUCACCGGAAACGCCACCGCCACUACUGAUAGCAUAUUUUUGAAGGCACCGAAUUCUAAUGCUAAACUUGAUGCAGCACCGUCCUCUUCAGUGACAAUGCCGAUGUCAUUUAUGACAGGGUCGAUUGUGGGUAAGAGGUUUUACAAGCAAGUGACCACGAGAGAAGCAGAUGAUGGAAAUGGAUGGACUGUGAUGCUUGAUUACAGAACACUUAAGACUCCUUCUAAAAGACCUCUCAAGUUGCCAACUUUAGCUUUAGCUAAAGCCAUAGCUGCUGAAUGGGAGUAUCAGCAACUAGAUGGAAUCAGGCCUUUUAUGAUGCCUCUUAUGAAACUUGCGUGUACCGCCCUGGAGAGAGUUCCGCUCACAAGACCAAAGAUCAUUGAACACUUGAUGAAGAAAUUUAAUCAAGAUUUAGUUUUCUGUCGUGCUCCAGAAGAUAAUGAUCUCACAAGGGGCGUCUAUGAACGGCAAGUGGAAAAAAUUGAUCCGUUACUUGAUUGGGUGAAAUCAGAAUUUGGCUUUAAGCCUGUUGUGCAUUCAAGUUUUUUUGGUGGCAAGCAAGAGGAGGGUCUGGUGAAGGCGAUAGAAGAUCUUCUACAGAAAACUGACAACUUUGAAUUGGCAUCAAUUGAUGCAAUUGCAGCAGCAGCCCAUUCUUUAGUAAUUGCUGUUGGAAUCUUUCGUGGAAAAUUGGAUAUUGAAGAAGCCAUUCAGUUGAUCAGGCUUGAAGAAGAUUUGCAGGUUGACAAGUGGGGUUUGGUUGAAGGUGGCCACGAUGUAGAUAUUGCUGAUCUGAGGGUACAAGUAUCAUCAGCUGCUGUGUUCCUUGGCCUGUCAAGAACAUAAUCUGUGUUAGCAUUUUACAAUCAUAAUUUUCAUCCCAGAUGUGUGUUUCUGCCCUUUUAGUUGUAGAUCACAGCAUAUAUGUAAUGCUCAGGGGCUUUUGAGAAUUUGUAGUUAACUGCUAAGAUAAAGCUGACAUAAUGAUGAAAUUCAAACUUGAGCUUGCUUGUAUUUACAAGUAAAGUCAAUAAAAUUUAUGGUGCAAGUAUUUCUCAUGGCCUGUUUGAUACCAA